AUGGCUUUCCUUGGGCUCCUCUCCUGCUUCGCCCUCCUGGGGACCGCCUUCAGCUGCGGGGUCCCCGCCAUCCAACCCGUGCUGACCGGCCUGUCCAGGAUCGUCAAUGGUGAGAACGCCGUCCCCGGGUCCUGGCCCUGGCAGGUGUCCCUGCAGGACAAGACCGGCUUCCACUUCUGCGGGGGCUCCCUCAUCAACGAGAACUGGGUGGUCACCGCCGCCCACUGUGGGGUCAGUACCUCCCACUUGGUCGUGGCCGGGGAGUUUGACCAGGGCUCCAGCCAGGAGAAGGUUCAGGUGCUGAAGAUCGCCAAGGUGUUCAAGAACCCCAAGUUCAACAUUUUCACCAUCCGCAACGACAUCACCCUGCUGAAGCUGGCCACGCCCGCCAGCUUCUCACAGACUGUGUCGGCCGUGUGCCUGCCCAGCGCCAAUGACGACUUCCCCGCGGGGACGCUGUGCGCCACCACAGGCUGGGGCAAGAUCCGGUACAACGCCAACACGACCCCUGACAAGCUGCAGCAGGCGGCCCUGCCGCUCCUAUCCAAUGCCGACUGCCAGAAGUACUGGGGCACCAAGAUCACCAACGUGAUGAUCUGCGCCGGCGCCAACGGAGUCUCCUCCUGCAAUGGUGACUCUGGCGGCCCCCUGGUCUGCCAGAAGAACGGAGCCUGGACCCUGGUGGGCAUCGUGUCCUGGGGCAGCAACACCUGCUCCACCUCCACGCCCGCGGUGUACGCCCGCGUCACUGAGCUCAUCCCCUGGGUGCAGGAGAUCCUGGCGGCCAACUGA